GAUCUUACGUCAUCAAUAAUGCGGAAGUAAUUUGCUGAAAUAAACGAUGAAAAAGAGCAUGACCAAAGAAUGACCACCAUAUCCACAAGUAUAAGAAUCACCAAGCAAUGCCCUCAUCACCUGACCCUGAUAUUGGUGCUAAUGUUUGUCAAAGUCACAGGUCCAGGAAAACUGAAACCCAAGAAGUACUACAAACAUAUCGGCUGCUACGUUGAGAGUUUCCGGCCAGAUGGAGUUCGGCCGUGGUUCUUCCACGACCAGUAUCAUCCGAUGAUCGUCUCGUCCCUGUCCACGUGUCUCCUACACUGUCUCACUCACAAGUUCUUCUAUGUCGCCGUCGACAAAGAAAACUGCGGCUGCGCGAAUAACCUGACUAACGAAAAGGGAGAGAUAAAGAAGACGAACGUCACGGAAUGUAGCUAUGUGUGCACCGAGGAACCGUUUGUUAACGUUUCGUGUGGCGCCAAAAACCGCCAAUCCGUGUACGAGAUCGCACACUCGAGUAUACUGCACGUUUAUGUUGGCUGUUACCAUCUCCACCCUCUGGACGCGUCUAUGGCUUGGGUACCGCUGAUAAAAAACUCGCCAUUCAGUCACGAAUUCACAAAGAUGCAAGACGGGAAGGCCAGUCACUGUAUUAAACACUGCUCAAAGUCGGGAUUCAAAUACGCUGCAAUAUUCGCUGGACAGAACUGUGGCUGUGACCAUGUGAUAAAACGAAAAACAAAGAAAAUCAGCAACAUGUACUGCACCUACCCCUGCCUGGAUUUGAAACUGGGAACCUGCGGAGCUCUGAAGAACGACAUCAUCUCUAUAUACCUCAGUAACGAAGUUGGUAUAAAAUGGAUGAAACGUGCAAUUGAUACGGGCUUUUUGAUUAAAGAGUUGAAUAUAAAAGAUCACAAUGUCAACGGAAGUAAGAUGAGUAACGGAGCAAACACGGAAACAGAUGGCCGCAACAUCACAAACAGCGCAAAGAACGAAACGAAGAAAACAGAAGAGAAGAUACUAGGAAUCAAAUUGGAGAUUUUUAUCGGAGGGUCUGUUGGAAUCGGACUGUUCCUUAUUGGUUUGAUUGUGGGAAUAUGUUGUUUGAUAAAAAAACGAAGAUCAAGAGUUGAACACAACAGCGAUAAUGACGACGAGGAUGACGAUGAAGAAACAAAGAAGAGAAAAGCCAGAACAAAAGGAAAAGCGAAGCUGGCAGAUUUCAAAAAGAGUAAGAAAAUCAAGACGAAAGAGAUCGACAUACCGGACUUAAAAUACAAGAAAGAGGAGGAGCCGCCACCAAAGAAGAAAAAGUCGAAAGCGAAAAAGAAAAAAUCGUCAGACCAUAAAUCUGACGACGAUCCUUCCGAACCGUUACUUAGUAAAUGAUUGGCUAGCUGUCGUAGCGCGCCAAAUAUAAAAUACAAAUUUAAAGACGCAUUAACAAAAGUUGCAGUUUUUAUAUUUCGUCAUUUUUAAUUUCAUCAUUUUUACUUUCAUUUAUGAUAAUUAACAACAUGUAUAAUGUUUUUAGAAUUACAUAUAUGCAUUAUCAUUGUUGUAAGUGCAACAUAUCGCCAUUUUUACAUGUAUUUAUGAUAAAUAACUAAACUUAUAAUCUUUUCAUAAUUAAAGAUGCAUUAUCAAAG